CCUUGUUGUGUUUUCUGUUACUCCAAUCGCCAUCUUGUUGCCAGUGAAGUAAUGUGUUUCUGAUGAAUUUCGGGAGCGCCCUGGAUGUCUUAUGACUGUCUUUGGAAGCCGGUGGAUUAUACUGUGAUUAACCCACUACACAAAUACGCACCGGGGGCUUGCACACAGUUGAACGGGAACGCGUUUAAUCGGUGUUCAAAAUGAGUAUCGAGACCUUAUUGGAGGCGGCCAGGUAUUUGGAGUGGCAAGCCCAGCAACAACAGAUUACACGUGAAGAGGAGGAGCGGCGAGAGAAGGCUCUUCUGUCCCGUGAGGCCGAGCACAAGCUCUCGGCUCCUGUUAUCCAGUCGGUCCAACUCAAUCAUGUGACCUGGACAGAAGAACUGAGGCUCGAACCUCAGCGCCAGCAACAGCAGCCUCCGGUGCCUCCGCCUCCACUCCCUCCUGCUGUUCCCAUCACCGUCAUCCCCAUCCCGGUGGUCACUGCCAGCCCUGCGGUUCCUCAAAUUCAGCCCGCUGCUGCCCUGCACACGGCUCCCACCCUGCCUGUGGUCUCGCCGCUGACCAGCGCUCUGUCCCAAAGCAAAGACAUGCUUUCGCCUCAGCAGCAUCGGCAUCUGAUCGCUCACGUGAAGGCAGAGACUAACAGUGUAGCUCUGCCCAACAACAGUCCCCAAGCAGCGCAGACGCAGAGCCUCCUGCAGCCCUUUCCAGCCUCCAUCAUCACAGCCCAGCAACACCUGCUGCCCCAGCCCGCACUCACCCAGACCCAGCCCACACCAGCACAGGGGCAGCCGGGGCAACUGGGACAACCGGCCCGGCCCAAUGGAGCCACAGUGGAGGAUCCUAGAAAUCUGGAUGGGAAGAGGAGACCUGGAGGUUACCAUUCGGAUUCAGGAGACUCGUGGACCACUUUUUACUGUGAACUUCCUACACACAUAGCCGGAACUCGAGAAGUUCAUAACAAGCUGGAAAAGAACAGACGAGCACAUCUGAAAGAGUGUUUUGAGACCCUCAAGAGGAACGUUCCUAAUGUGGAUGAAAAGAAAACCUCCAAUCUGAGUGUCCUGAGAAGUGCCCUCCGCUACAUCCAGACUCUGAAGCGUAAGGAGAAGGAGUACGAGCACGAGAUGGAGCGUUUGGCCCGGGAGAAGAUCGCCACGCAGCAGAGACUGGCAGAGCUGAAGAACGAGCUGAGCCAGUGUAUCGACAUCAUAGAGAUCAACAGGAUACUGAGACAGACUGUCCAGCCUGAAGAUGACCAGGCCUCUACAUCUACAGCUUCAGAAGGUGAAGACAACUUUAGCCAAGACCCUGAAGACGACAUGCUGUCCUCUCCACCCCCGUCUGCUGCACCCAAACCUCCUGUCCCGCUGCCAGCAGAGCCCCGUGCAGCCAUGCCUCCUCCCUCCAUCCUCCCCACACACAUCUCCAUACAGCACAAACCCGUCCCGCCACCCUCCGCUCCACCCCAACCAGCGGUCCUCACCCCUCAGGCCAUCGCUCCUGCGCCCCCGUCCCACGUCGUGUCCCCUCCACAACCCACAGUCAUCACCCACGCCUCAGUGUCCCACGCCUCCGUCAUCCACGCUGGACCAAAGCACCUGGCACACAUAGCGCCCUCUAACGGCGGCCAGCCAAUCGGACACAUCACUGUGCAUCCUGUUGCGCAUCUGUACCCGCAGUCGGUGGCUGUUUCCCAGCCGGCGGUGGUGGGGCACAUCACGCACACACUGGCGCACCAUCCACACGCACAGGUCAACGGCACGCCGGUCACAGGCCAACAGGCCACCGUUGUAGGAAAACCAACAGCCGUGGUGGCACACCAUCACCCAGGGCUGGUGGGUCAGACAGUGCUCAAUCCCGUGACAAUGGUGACUGUUCCUCCGUUUCCAGUGAGCACGCUGAAGCUGGCCUGAGAGAACACACACGCUCAAAGACUUCAGGACUCACAAAGCCAGAAAAGACGUCGAGCUACACGCUAAAUGCGACGGGGUUGUGUUCAGAAAUGGACUGCCGUCGCUCCUGCGUGUGAGGAAAGGGCUCGCGUGGCGGCCGAUGCAGCGCUGGAAUGAAAUACAUGCACUUGCUUGUCUAAAUUAACCGAGACGUUAGAUGUCGGUGUAAUGUUAGAGUGGAGUGCUGAAACAAAUCAAUUCUUCCCGUUCUACCCUCCAUGUUUUCUGUAUGUCAAUGCUUCACAUUCAUUCACCACCAAAAAAAAAGCUAAAUCAAAUAUGAGUGCUUAAAGGUCAGCAUUCGGAGGAAGAGCUGUGUAAAAUCAUUGGAUUAACUUAAGCUUGUCAAGCCUAAAUAAUAUAUUAAAGGGAUAGUUCACCUUAAAAUGAAACAAACCUACUAUUUACUCACCCUCAAGUGGUUCCAUACCUUUGAGUUUCUUCAUUCUUAAAGAGACAGUUCACCCACAAAUGAACAUUAACCUAUUUACUCAACCUUGUGCUAAAGCUAUUCAAUUUUCUUAUUGAAGACUAAAGAUACUGUCAAGAAAGCUGUAAAAAAACAUAGAGCUACUGACAUCCUAAGUAUUUGUUUUUCCUGCUGUUGAAGUCAACAGUUAGAGGUGUUUAUCUUUCUUCAAAAUAUCUUCUUUAGUCUUCAACAGAUGAAAGGAUGUGUAAAUGUGACAAUGUGAAUUUUUGGGUGAACUAUCCCUUUAAGUUGGCUGUAAUAACUUUUAGGCGUUGAAGUUAAAAUAAUUGUACGUUUUCCCUUUUAAAACUCUUCAAAUGGGGCUCUUGAAUUCAAUCAGAAACAGGUACAUUCAGACUUGAGACAGAUCAGGUUCCUCAAAGUGUCUUGUGAGCAAAUGCAAGUGCCUAAUAAGCCCCAAAUCAAGCCCAGUGGCGCCACCUGCUGCCUACGCACUGCAGUAACAUUGCUGAAACUGCCAUGAGCUGAGCGCAUCUCUGCUGGAGCAAAACAAACACACUCUUAAUGAAAAAGACCAGCGGGAUGCAAGGAAACUCAACUAACAGACAAAUCAACGAAAAGACCUGUACGCAAACGUGCACAUUCAAGCAUUUAUAACAGAGUAAGAGCGUCUGAUAUUCAACACUUAGUAAUAAUACUUGAUUAACGUUUCAAAGCGUUUCACUUCUUUAAAUCAACAGCAUUACCAAUGUUCUCGUGCUUGUAGCAACACAAAGAAAAUGAAUGAAGUCUUAGACUAUGUUAAGGUGGAUUAAUCUCUACUUCACUUGUCCAGUGUAGAUCGGUGCUCUCGUGUUCAUUCUGUGUCCAUCUCUGCACAGCCAUUAUCAUGUGUGAUUGUGUAAGCUGUCGUGAAGUAGGCGCUUGUUUAUAGGCAUUUUAGGAGGUUAAACAUGCUGGGGUUUUGUGUUUCAGACACUUGACAUCAGGAUAUAAAGCCUCUUUACAUAUAGCAGGGCUUUUCUUAAAGGGACAGUUCACCCCAAGAUUAAAAUUUGCUGGUCAGUGGCUCACCAUCAGGCUGUUCUUCAGUCGAACGCGAUUGAUUUUUGAACUGUGGUCAUUCAAAUCAAGCCAGUAGUUACCUGCAGCUUGGAAGUCCAAAUGAAAGUGUAUACAUACUUAAGGCUGAACUAAAUGAAUAGUUGUGGCUCCUGCCGAUACAUUGAGGUCUUAAUGAAGCAAUACAACUAGACUGCAAGACACCUGAAUGCAUACAUGGCUUGUUGGAUGCUGAUUUGUGUCUGAGUGAAACUCGAAUGUGAGUUGAGACUGUGUGAGUGUAUAUGAGAGAUUGAAUGAGGGUUAUUAAGGCAUUUAAUUUGACAAAAUAACAUGUAAACAAAAGUAUGUCCUACAUUAUUAUGCGUAAUGUAAACCAUGUUUGGUUUCCUUGCCAUAGACCACAGGUGUCAAACUCAGUUCCAAAAGGGACACUCCUGAGCUUAAUGAUCCGUCUUUGACGGGUGUCAAACUCAAUUCCUGGGAGCUGAAGCUCUGCACAGUUUAGUUCCAACCCUACUUAAACACACCUGAUCAAACUAAUUGAGUCCUUCAAGCUUGUUUGAAACCUACAGGUAAGUGUGUUGGAGCAGGGUUGGAACUAAACUGUGCAGGGCUUCGGCCCUCCAGGAAUUGAGUUUGAAACCCCUGCCAUAGACGGAUCGUUUAGAUCUGGAGUGUCUCAACUUCCUUCAACACCCCUGUCUGGAAGUUUGUAGCGUAAUUAAAAAGAGCUUGAUUAGCUGAUUCAGUUGUGUUUAAUUGGGGUUGGUCACCAAGUUAGUUUCUGCUAAAAAUCUUCACUGUUCUACUGAAGAAGGGGAAAAAAAAGUAACCUGUACCUAUUGGAUUGUUUAAUGUUAAGCAAAGUAACAACAAAUUUAAGUUUUGGGGUGAAAAGUCUCUAUAAAGAUGGCCUGUUGUUCUGAAUGCACUCGCUUGGUUGAACCUGCACAAAAUUAGCCAUCUUACCGUUUCUCUAUGUAAACCUGACGGGUGGAUGGUUGGAUACACCAUGUUGUUGCUUUAUACUGUCACUUUCAAACAGAACACUGUGAUUCCUGCUCCUAACAUCCUCUUCCUGCUGCAAACGCUCCCCAAAUCCAAGGUUUGACCUUUCUGUUCCACUUCCUUUCCCUUAUUUUGGGGACGUCUGUGAAGAGGGAGUGAUACAUGCUGUGCUUCACACUCAGUUAAAAACACAAACAAACGAGAGAGAGAGAAAAGCUUAACCUUUGUGAACUUAUCAGUGUGUUUUUGUUUUUCUAUUUUCAUUUGAAUAUAUGUGUAUGGAUGUAUGUAUAUAUGUGAGAUAUAUGCACGCAUUCACAUAUAUGUGUAUGUAUUUUAGGAUUAAACUGAUGCCUGGUUUUGCAUGUAGAUUGCGGUUUUUGUUUGUUUUAAUGUUAUUCCCUCCCUCUUUUUCAUUUUUUGGGACCAUGUAUCAUACUGUAUGAUGUGGGCGGGACCGUUAGACCUCAUUCUACAUUGAUAUUAUAUAUAAAUAUAUGACAAACUGUGCAUUUUCCCUAUGGAGAAAGUUUAAGUUAUAUAUCGCCUGUACAUUUUGGGCUGCAUUAAGAUUCAAAUUGUCCACCAUGUUUAACUGAAAUAGUAAUAAACUUAUUAAAAAUAUGCUAGAUUACUACAAAAAAACAAAACAAAAACAAUGACGAUUCAUAAUAAAUCUUAUGACAUUUACAA